GAAAAGAAGAAAGUGGAAGAUGAACUCGCAAAACAAAGGAAUGCUAUUGCCAAAGUGUUGGAGGGCUUAGGAAUCACAGCAUCUCAACUUCCUGAUACGAGUGCCUUGGAUGAACAAACCACUGCAUUCUUUCUAGCAGCAGACUCUGUUGAAUCUUCUGUCAAGUCUGUUUCCAAUGAUGGGCAGGGGGACCCAAUCGAUUGCCAUGGAGACUUCUCCAAUGGACAUCUCUAUCACUGCUGCAGGUUCACCUAUAAAAGGACCCAUUGUCACUCAUCAAUUGAGGUCAACUACGCAAGAGGUGGCAGAAGAAAGAGAUAAGCGUAUUGUGACUAAACCAAUUAUUGAAGUUCGCAAGGCUGGUAGAAAGAUUGUGCGGCCUCGUCUUGAAUGGUCUGCAGAGACUUCAACAGAUGUUGAUAUGGCUGGUGCCGAAGGCAGUGCAACCGAGGAAGGAAGAGCUCUUUUAUCUCAUGAACCUGAACCUCCAGGUGUUUCUUCUGCACCAACUCAACCAUCUUUAAGCCGUAAACGCCCUGCCUCAUCAUCAGCAUCAGACCUAAGAGAAUCUAGUGCUCCAGAUGAGGCAUCUGAUGUCGUCAAUCAACUCAAGAGGUCUAGGGAAUCAGAACCCACACAAGAAGCUGGUGAAGAACCACCAUCAGUGGAAGCUUCUGAUACUUUACAGCUGUCGGCUCCUUUAGUUGUUGAUAUCUCGGAUACACAACUACCUGUUGAUGGCAUUGACGCUGAUCCAGCCUUAGCAUCCCAAACUGAGGCUGAAACUGCGGAUGCAGGAAAACCGGAGGAAUUGGAGGUUAGUACUAAAGUAGAAACAGAAGUCCAAAGGACGACCCUGGAUAGUGCCAGUCAAGAUGUGCCUCAAGAUGAAGGUGAUGCUGCUAUUGAAGAUACGGAAAAACAAAGAGCAGCAACUGAUUCACUUGAUGAUGCACCAAAGCUUGAAGGAAAUGAUGUGCUGCAGCCUGCAGUUGACAGUGAAGAGGGAAGGGAAGAGGGUGAACUGGUAUCGGAUGAGUCUGAUCAACUGCAGCAACAAGAAGAGCCCAGUCUUGUUGAAGGCGCCCAUGAUUCUAUACCCAGUGAUGGAGGUGCCAAUGGAGAUGAAACUGGGGAAAUAUCUGACCUUGCUGAGGUUUCAAAUGAAAAGUCUGAGAGUGCUGAGAUCAUGGAAGAUUCGGCUGAAGCUUCUGACAAGCCUACUGGUAACAACAAUGAUCCCAUUGCUUCUGAUCUUGAACAAAGUCCUCAACCAUCAAGCAAGACACGUGAAGGAUCGCCAAGCAAUAUCACAGUUUCUUCUGUUACUGAUCCCCAGACUUCUGUCACUACUGCUGAGAGUGAAGAACAAAGGAGCGGACAAACUAUAUCCAUCAGAGACAGAGCUAGACGAAAUGCUGCGUUGAGACAAGCGCGAAUAGCCACUCCACCACCCUCUGCUACACAAGCGGGAAUAGCCACUACACCACCCUUUCCUACACAAGCGGGAAUAGCAACUCCACCACCCUCUGCUACACGAGGAAGAGGUGCUACCAGGGGUUACCGGGCAGCUCGAGGGCGACGAGGGUCAGCUUUUGGUGAUAGAAAACAAAGUUGAAACUAUGGCAGUUUAGAAGAAAACUUGGAAACCUAGAUAGGUUGUCCAUUAUGUUUUGUGAAGCUGUGGCAUGGUUUGGUAAAAUGCUAGGUGAGGUGGAAGAAUGGUUUGAGUCCUUUCACUCCUACAUUUUUUGAAACUUUGAAAACUAAUGCUAUUUAUACAAACUCAGUGUCGGAACUCUGAAAAGUAACGGUAUUUGUUCAUAAUCAUUGAUGGCUUUGGAAUUCUCGUGCAAAAUCUUGAAAGCCACUCUUUAAUAAUAUCUUCUCAUAAAACCCAUGUAAAAUUGAAA